AUGGCGAACAAGGCGGCAUGGGAUAUAUAUCCCAAGGAGUUAGCUAUCUAUGGCUAUGGAGUCGCACUAUGGCAGCCAAACCCGCCUUCCGUGAACGAGAGACCUAACUACGAAAAGAUAGAGGUCGGCGACAUAGGCACCAUCCGAUCAGGCCAAUUUCAGCUUCUCUUCAAUGUAUUUCUCGAUGGUACGCAUCCGCGCCAGACGAAGGGCGUUCCAGUUAGCUUUACGCCCUUGCUCCCCCCGAUAAUGCGAUAUCGAGAUCCCGGAGAGGUACUACGGGAAGUUGCACCGUAUCGAGGGGAUCUAGAUGUCAUGCCCUUGAAGUCUGACAAUAUCAGCUAUGUUUCCGCCUCGGCUUCAGCAUCUGCGGCACCGGGACCUAUACCUCUCCAAGCGGGAGCGCAAUUCACGUUCAAAUUAUCGAAGAAAUCCGGGGGUUUACUUCUAUUCCAUAAGCCUGCCAUGCGAUACGAGAUGGAAGAUACCGGUCCUCUCGAAAUAUAUGUCAGGCGCAACUACAAAUCUUGGAUGACUUGGGUUAGGGAAGAACUCCAGUGGAGUGUCGACUUGUCGGAUCUACACAUCGUAACAGGGGUCAUCAGGACUUCUGAGUGGAGAACGGCUACCUGGAGUACCUCGGAUACGUCCUUCAGUGCUACGGCGAGUCUGUCUAUGCCCGGGGUCGCCGACGGCUCUCUGUCUCUAGGAAGACAUUGGAUGAGCCCUAAUCAAAGCAUAAUGACAAAUCAGGGCCCUGCACCGCACAAGUCCCACCUUACUACUGACAACCAAACCAUCUUCAUCAGUGCCCUUAGAAUGAAGAGUCGCGGGCCCCUUUUUCCUCCCAAACUUUACGCCGCAGCAGACCCCCACGAUCUGGGAAGCGGCGAAAGGGAUACAGAUACUAUGCCUGAGGUCGUUCUACAGGACUACGAUGACUCCGACAUCGACAUCAUCAGGAUUCCGGAUCAUAGCAAGGAUAAGGAUCCGUUGUUGCCGAUCCAGGACUAUAUCUUAGAAGUAUGCCCUGAUGCAGAGGCCGCACUGGCGCGCGACUCGGACCUUCUGCCGUACCUUGAAGGCAGCUAUGAUGCUAGUGCGAUCCGCGAGCGCCUGAAAGUACUGAAUCCUCAGGUUGUAUUGGACAGUGGUGUUGGCACCCUCAGGCAUCCCGAAUACAGCGUCAUUGUCCAUCGUUUUCUCCAGUGGGAAGCAAGGAACGCCCCCGUGCCCUUACCUGGUAUCCUUAACGAUGUAGAAAGUCUCGUACACACAUGUGAGGACGUUAACGGGAACAAGCGCGCCGCACGUCAUCUAUGUGAAUGGCUCUGUGAAAUGGCCUUCUUCUCGAGACGAUACCCUGGUGUACAGUUCCUGGAUGAUGCAGGAAGACUGGUCAGUGAGGUCAGGGGCGACAUGCAAUUUUGGUCGUGCCUUCCAUGGGUGUCUGCAAUAGUCAUGCGGGAUUACAUCCAGUCUCGCAUCGACCAAUUUCACCUUGCAAUUCGCUCGUUUUGCAUGGAAAAGUCGCUUCGGACGCACUCACAGAUUGAGGAUACAGAUCUGAACAAACUAACCGUAUCCCUGCAAGAAAUGUCACACGACGAUUAUUUGGAAUCUUUGGAUCACCUUUCUAACGACAGUCGUACCCAGGCUAUACUAGAGGGGCUUCCAUCCUCUUCUUCCGGAACUGGUCAAGACGAAAGACACGAGGCUUUGUGUUCGCUAGCGAAAAUUAUGCAAGAGGGUAUUUCGGAAUACAUCAAGGAAGACUCGAGGAAAUACGGCCUUCAAAAGAAUCUCUACAGAGUCCUGCAAGAAUCGGGUGAACUUCUCCCCGACUUAGAGUUACGUCGGGGUGAGGUCGUACGAGACAGUGAUCAGGCUCGCAGCGGAACAGCCAAAUACGAUGUCUUUGACGGAUGGUAUCUCUCGAGCGAGAAAGUGACUAUCAAGGAAUUCCGCCUCUUCAACCAAAAUAAUGCUCGUGGCUCGAACGAAGAUAAGUAUAGGUAUCGUUUCCUACGUGAAGCCGCCAUAUGGCUCGAGGUUUGGAAAGCAGAUAGAGGGAAGUAUAUUGUUCCCUUCUAUGGUUAUUGUAUCUCAGGGAUGGCUCGCCCGUAUAUGGUCAGUCCGUAUUUUGAUGAGAACGUCAGUGAGUACGUGAAGAGAGUGCCAGACGUGAAUCACGUUGGGUUGCUUCGCAACGUUGCAGAAGGUGUGAGGGUCCUGCACAGCAUGGAUCCCCCCGUCGUCCACGGCAACAUCAGAGGAUCCAACAUAUUCAUAUCGGCCGAUGGACGCCCUUUGCUAGGAAAUUUCAGGUUUUCCAAGCUGAUGGAGGACAUAAUGGGAGAACCAUUCACAUCGAGCUCCUCGGCACCCGACGACGUCCGCUGGUCCCCUCCGGAAUUCUGGGUUUCGGAGCCCAUCCUGUCCACUGAAAGCGAUAUCUAUCAAUUCGGCAUGACGAUGUUGGAGCUAUUCACCCAUGACCAUCCGUUCAGGGAGGUUAAGUAUUCCGGCACGAUUGUCGAAGCCGUCACUAAAGGGACACGUCCAAAGCGCCCCGUGGAAUCAGACGUUCUCCGUAGAGGUCUCAGUGACGAUAUCUGGUCUCUUAUGCAGGCGUGCUGGAUGGAAGCCCGAGAGCAGAGGCCUAAGGUCGAACAAGUCAUUACAACUCUUAACUCUUCUUCCGCGUAG